AUGGCAGAUCCACCGCCUCAACUGCCCGCCGGCACAUCCUCCACACUACGCGGCCUCUCGCAGAACCUCUCCUUCCACUCCUCGCCCGAAGCCUUCAUCACCACCAAAGUACUAGAGUUCCAGCGCGCCCACCCCAACCUGAUCAAUUCGCGCGCAGUGGUUAGAGCCAAGAUUUUAAACCGCAACGUCGCGAUCGUUUCGUCGCAUGCGCAGAUCCAGCAGGUCCUGCGUGACAGGGGAGACGGUGGGGAGCCAGCUUACACGGCCAGCGAAGCCUAUGACGAGUUAAUGGCGGCGUUCUUCCCUAGCCCGAAUUUGCUGUUGGCGGAUGGGAUGGGCCAUGCGCAAAUGCGGGAGGGGUGGGAACAGAGGAUGAGAGAGCUGCCGAGCGGACUUACAGAGGUGGUGGGAGAGGUCACAAAGGUGCAUCUCGGAUCGGUGCCGUUCGACUCGGAGAUCGACCUCUACGACUGGCUGAAGACAAUGUGCUGGAAAAUCCUGCUUGGGAUGUUUCUGGGCCUUAAAGCUGAAGAUACGGAAUUCGCGGAGAUUGAGCAGUUGCAGGAGGAGUUGCUUCGCGGACAGUUCUCGUUGAUGCCAGUGAGCAUCAAUACAGGCGUGUGGAAGAGCCCGAGAAAGAAGGGCAUCACCGCUAAGGAGAAGCUUCAGAAGAUCAUAGCCACGCGGCUGGAGAAGCAGGCCGGGGCGUGUCCGUUUGCACAUGCUAAUACCGUCCAGCUGGAAGACGUUGCAAACCAUGUGCUGCUGUUCACUAGCAGUCUUGCUGUCAAGGCGCUGGCGUCAUUGUUGACAGCGUUCUUGCUGAAUCUCUUUCUUUUCCCGUGGAACGAUAAUCCAGGUCUCGCGUCAAGCCUUGAUUGCACGGACGAAGGGGAUCAGGCACGAAUACUGAGAAGCAUACUGCUAGAGACCGAGCGACUCAGCCCACCGAUUGUGGGUGUCAUGCGCCGAUCCAUGCGCGAGACCGUGAUUUCGACGCCCCAAGGUGAGCCAGAUAUACAGAUCCCUGGCGGAUGGGACGUCUGGCUGUACUUCGUCGGCGGAGGUCGGGAUCCUGUUGCGAUCGGGGAGACCUGGGAUCGGUUUGUGCCUGAUCGGUAUAUAGAUGGAAGUGUCGCCAGCAGCAUAGCCUUUGGCGCAGGGCGGAAAACUUGUCUGGGCCGAGAUUUGAUCCGAGACCUUGCGCUUAAGGUAGCCACAACGCUCAUUGACUCAGGAGCCAGGAUGGACGGCGAGAUCGAGCGACCGGGCGUCAAGGGAUGGCUCGGGUGGGUGAAGAACGAUAGUAUAGACGUACAGGACUGGGCCAAGGACAUGAAACAGUUGCCGACCCAGCAUCCCGCUGAUCCUGUUUUCGUCCGCAUACAUUCUACCAUCGGCGCUGGUAGCUAG